AUACGGUGAAGCUGGCGGCAAACCGUCGGUAGUGCUAGCGUUUUAUGUGUUAAAGCACUUAAUUUAAGUGGGAAAACACUUGCUUUGAUUUAGAAACACUAGUAGAAGAUUAAAUCAUUUCGGAGAAGUGCUCAAUAAUUGGCCGGGAGUGAUUUGGUAAAGGAAAUAUCUUUCGUUCCUGAAGUGGUCCUGCGGUUCGGCUCCUAACCUCAAAAUAAUACUACCGAGCAGCAGCAGCUAGCGAAAGAAGUGGCAUCAAAACAAGCCCCCCUUUUUUUUUUUUUGUUAUUAGUUGUUUGUAUUUACUUUAGCCAAAAAUCAUGAGGAAACGUUCCAUGUCGGUGUAUGUUGCGAAAGACGACGAUCGGUUGUCGAAGAAGUUCGAGGGUGUGGCUUCGGACAAUGAUGCGCAUUUCGACUCGGAAGACGAGACCAAAGAUGAUGAGGUCCUUUCGGGCGAGUGGACCAAAGCGGAUUAUGAAUCGUUGGUGGCGCAGCUGAAGGAAACCCUCCCGAAGAAGGACCAUCGCAAGUGGAAGACAUCGCUACAGGCCGUGAACUGGGAGCAGAUCAAGAUUCGUCAACACACCCCGCAGGAGGUGGAAAAGGUCGCUAAGCAGCUGAUUGGGAAGAUCAGGUCGUUCCGAACAUUUGGGGAAAUUCUGGAAGAAGUGCCGGAUGUGGUGACUAAGUUGUUGAGUGCCGAAAGACCGAAACCGCCACUGACGGCGUACAGUUUAUUCGUGAAGGAAAUGUUGCCCCAGCUGCGGGAGGAGCACAAGGACAUGAAGGUGCAGCAGAUCUUCAAAAUCGUGCCAAAGCUUUUCCAAGAGCUAUCGACUAAAAAGCGACGUCGGUACGAGGAUGAAUCCGCCCGCAUGAAGGAGGAGUAUCAGGCCAAUCUGUCCAAGUUCUAUCAAGACCACCCGGAUCUGACACCGAGGAAGAUUCGCAAGGAACCGCUGAAAACGCCUUUCCAACUGUUCUACCGGUCACGGCGCGCCACUUCCGACAACAUUUCGUGCCAGCAAGUCCGCAAAGAGUGGGAAGCACUCCCGCUGAAGAAGAAGGUCAAGUUCAUUCGGGCGUCGUUCGAAGCCCAGGCCGACACAGACAGCAAGUUGCUUAACAAAAAGGAGCUGAUCAUGCUCGACCAAUCCCUCGGCAAGCCGGAGUUCGUGGGACGUAAUGUGUACGAGUUCUUCCGCCGGAAGAUGCGCUCCCAGUACGCAGCAGCUAAUGGGAACGAACGGGAGCAUAAGAUUCGAAUGGAUUACAAAAAGCUGGACGCCCAGGAGCAAUCGCAGCUGAAGGAAGAGUUCCAAAAAGCUCGGACCGCAUUUGUCUUCCAGUAUCAGGAGUACAUUAAGAAGCUCCCAAAGGACAAACAGCAGGCGGAAAUUGAUUUCCUAAAGACGAUCUCUGACAAGACUACCAAGAAGCAGAAGACUGAGAAGAAGACACCGCAGAAGGCCGCUUUGAAAGAAUUGCAUUCCGCCGGUUCAGCGGACGAGGAUACUCCGGUUGCGGAAUCCACGACGAUCAACAAGAAAUUGACAACCGGCAAGAAAUCCAAGACGGAGCCCAAAUUUGAUGAUUCCGCCGAGGAAUCCGAAUUAUCUGACCAUCGAACGCCACUGAAGAAACAGCCAAAGAUUUCCAUCGCAACUGCUCCGCCGCCGCCUUCCACCAGCAAGGCGCCAGGACUGCUGAGCGUUAGCAAGUCGGAACCUCCCGCCUCGUCGGCCUCUUCUUCGGAUGAAGAAGAAGAUGGUGAUAAAGACGAAGAAGAAUACGUACCUACUAAGCAUCAGGUUAGUAUGAGCCGGAAAAGCGUUCCGGCUUCACCAAGUAAGAAUGGAAGCGCCCGGAAAGUAUCCGACACGAAGAAGCGACCGUCACCCGAAGACGUUAAGCCCGAGGUAGAGGUGAAGAAACCGAAGAAAACAUCGGCAAAGGUGGUGAAACCUAUAAAGCAGGAAGAGGAACCGGAAGCGCUGCCCCCGCCGGCCAUCAAGGGCACCAAAGCGGCAAAGACGAAGGAGAUCCCCGCGAAGACACUGAAGGAACCGGAGAAGCCACCCAAGGACAUCGAGGAGUUCUACCGGCAGCGGUUCUACAAGGGUAAGCCCGGCAAGCACGUGGAAUCGUUCGCAAACCUAACGGUUGCGAAGAAGCGCGAAAUUAGCGAACAGCUGAAGGUCGCCCAGAAGCAGUACAUCGUCGAUUUCGAGCAUUACCUGAAAUCGCUGCCCAAGGACGAGAUCCGAAAGUACAUUCAGAAAGUGAACGCCAAAAAGCAGGCUCAAUCGACAGAUGACGAUUCCGAUGCUGACGACGAUUCAGAGGCAGGAAGCAGUUCGGAGGAAGAGGAAGACGAUGAAUAAGAUUUGCUAGUGUGCCAGGCUAAAAUGAGUGCCAGUGUUUUUUUUUAGAUUAAUUGUAAAUUGCGCCAGUGAGAUUGAAAAUUGGUUUUUUCUUCUUUCUACUUACUGAUGAUACUUUUAAGUUUAAGCUCAGUUUCGUAUAAUUGACUAUGAAUAAUUUGUUUACCUACUGUCCGAGUACAGCUCUUA